AUGCUGUGCCACGAUGAAGAUGAUGAUGAUGAUGAUGACGACGACGACGACGACGAAGAUAAUGAUGAUAAUGAUGAAGGUGAUGGUGUUGAUGAUGAUGGUUAUAAUGAUUCGGAUGAUGAUGGUAAUGAUCAUGAUGAUGUUGCUGAUGUUAAUGAUGACGAUAUAAGAUACACCUUCAAGGAAGCAAGACGAUUUGUAGCUGCAUAG